AUGACCGUUACCAGCAGCAUGCCAAGCGCACAGAUUCAACGACCGAACGGAACCAAGCCAAAACCGUACAUCAUCGGCGUCGUUGGGGGCACAAACUCGGGGAAGUCCAGCGUCUGUAAGAAGAUCAUUACAGAGCUGAAUACAUUGGGCGCCAUGUCUGUGGUCUCCAUCUCGCAAGACAGCUUCUACCGCGAUCUUGAACCGGAUGAUCUGGAGCUGGCGCACAAAUCCGAAUACAACUUCGAUCAUCCAAAGUCUAUCGACGACGCUGCCAUCUACGAACUGCUGAUCGAUCUGUGCGAAGGUCGACCUGGGAAGAUCCCCAUUUACGACUUCAAAACUCACAGGAGCACUGGCGAGUUUGAGCCCGUUCAGCCCGCUGAAGUCAUUCUUCUGGAGGGAAUUAUGCUCUUCUACUACAGAAAGAUUAGAGAGAUUUGCGACAUGAAGCUAUUUAUCGACUGCGACGCCGAUACGAGAUUGGCAAGAAGAGUUAGACGAGAUACGGCCGAAAGAGGGAGAACGAUCGACUCAAUCAUCAAGCAGUAUACUUCCUUUGUGAAACCGUCAUACGAUGAGUUCUGCGCGCCUACGAAGAAGUAUGCUGAUGUCAUCGUGCCCCGUGGUGUUGAAAAUGAAGUCGCUAUUAAUUUGAUCAUUUGCCAUAUCCAGGAUAUCCUGAAACAAUCAGGCGAGAUGUUCGAGACGCAAAACGGAGCUGCCUGCACGAACGGAGACGCUGAUCAAAAGAGACCUCACUAA